AUGUCUUGUCCGAGCAAGCAACCACGACCCGAGCCACUGAGAGAACAUGAAGAACGUGUUCGCGAUCUCAAAUGCCGAUUGCACGAUCUCAGCGCCCGAGAGCAGCUGCUGAUGAUUGGUGCACGAGCGGCAGAGGUUCAUCUUCCAGAGUUUCCGGAGCUUGCCAGAGCUGUGGAGUACCUUUUGCCAGAUCUCCACCUAAGCUCCAAGUCCUGCAGAGCUGCCUUGGUACGAGUUCUUUUUGGCAGAGCGUUGCACUACGGCCUGAUCGUUCUGCUACUGAUUGAUACACUACUGGUGAUGGCAGGACUCCAAAUUAAGAUCGAAGUUGUGGCACUGCAGGGCAUGGCCAUUGGCCACUGUUUCAGUGCAGCUUUGGAAAGCAACCUUUCUGAGAGCCUUCAGCAUCAUCACGACUUUUCUCACACGAAUGGUGGUCUUCAGUGUGUAAGGGAACAGUCGGAGUACGAGUUUGCAGAAAGCUUGGAGAACUUGGACCAUGUCUUCAUUGUGAUGAGCAUGAUCAUCCUUUGCAUAUUUUUGUUGGAAAAUGUUCUCUUUAUCGUUGCCUUCCGCUGCAACUACUUCAGGAUUCUAUUUUUUCCCUUCGACCUGCUGGUCGUCCUACUGUCGCUGGGGACUGAGAUCCUCAGCCUCGCCAGUCCCUCGCUGGGACAGCUGGAAAACCCUUUGCAGACCCUGGGUCAAAAGGCCAGCAUCUCCAGCGGAGCGGUUUCUCCUCUGAUUGCACUGCUCAUCUUGGGUCGCUUUUGGCGUUUCUUCCGGAUUGGCCAUUCGGUGUACUUGCUGCAAGGGACCGAGGACAUUGAAGAAGGGGAGCACAAGGACACCCUCAUUGAAGAGUACAAUAAGGAAUGCUGGGUACUUCCAUUGGAUGAUGCUCCUGUCACCAAAGCUUUGGCAAAGGAGAACAAACUGCGAAGCAGUCCUGGAUUUGCCAGCACCACAGCGGCAAAAUUUAAUGAUUCCACAUCCAACAAGGAUGACUUUCACAGUUGGAGCGCCAGCGAGGUGCGCCACGCAAAGCAGAAGAGCUGCAAACCAAAGGUGGGCCGCACCCACACUCUCCCCAGAGGGGACUUGUUGGAGAAGAGGUCUGUGACGCACGACGUCUUUGGCUUGCCAGUUCGGUUCGCCAGUGAAGCCGCCAAGCCGCCGAGGCCCAACCUUUUCUUGGGAAUCCGGAGUUACCCGCCGUCCACCUCGUACAGAGCCGAGUUCAAAGAUCCCAAGAACAGGCGCCCAGCAUCAGCCGGAGCGACGUCAACGGGCUCACGACCGUCGACGACGAGCAGCUCCAGGCGGCCUGCUACUGCUGGGGCAGUGCGCACCCCACCUUUCACAGCUGGCACGAGGCAGCCGGACGCAUCGCCGCAGAACAGGCGGCGCUGUCAGUCUGCUCCCGCCUGUGGCCGUACAGGUUCGAGUUCAGAGGCCGAGCGGCUUCGAUGGGAAGCAAAGAUGCAGUUGGAUGAGGAGACUUUAAAGAUGCGCCGGGUGUGCUACAUGAGCCCUGGUCAGUGA